AGACACACCAUAAGAGCAUUGCAGUAAUCCAUGCGUGAUAGCAGGAAUGCAGACAUCAGCUUCUUUGAUGCAUCUAACGUUAUGAAAGGCCUGAAAAGACGCAGCUCUAGAAAAAUCGCCUUGCAAAGCAUGUUAAUGUGAUUUUCCAUAGUUAGUGUUCUGUCUAAAUAGACAUCUAGGUUUCUCACUGUUUUAGCAAACAUUGUCAAACAUUAUUCACUGAUUUCAUAGUAUAUAUAAAUAUAAUUAAUUUAAUGUUAUAAAUUACCAUUUAAAAUCGUAACUAUAUUAAAAUCGAAAGUUGUGCAUUCAUUUUAAAGAAACUAAAUGCAUAUUAGUAUUAGAAACAAAAAAUGGGAUUCGAAAAUAAAACUUGCAUAAUGUGCACCGCUUUGUAUUAAUACUAUUUCCGGUAAUUCGCCGUGUCCAAACUAAAACUGAGGUGAAAUAUACCCUAGAGCACAAUUCAACAUAUUUUCUGUGUUAUUAUAAAUGCCUCCAAAAAAGAAACCAAAUGAGCCUAGUAAAAAGACAGACCAAAAGAAAAAGGAAAAAGUUAUUGAGGUAAGUCAAUGUAUAGAAAUGACCCUAUCCUUAUUUCACAUCACAAUUCAGACUUAAGACUUAUUAAAAACUUUUAUUACUUAUUAAAAUGGUUUGUAGUUUGUGUGGACCUGGACUAUAGUGUGUAUUAUUCUGAUAUUAGUUAAGACUUGUGAAUAGAAGAGCAAUUAAGAGUGUGUGGACCAUCCAUAAAUGACGUCAAUGUCAGGGUAAUUUUGUGGAUUUUUUAACCUCACCCCAUCGUCACAAUGUUAGAGCCCCCUCCAGUUUAACUAGGCUAACUACUAACCAGGUACUCCGCCGAAGCAAAGGACACUCCCAGUAAAUUUUUAUCGGAAAUGGGCGUUGGCGCAAUAGAAUCCGAGUUUUUAAUUUUUCAUGAGCAUUUAAUGUAAUUUGAAUAAAUCAGAAGUCCUUUUGGCCUAUAAUUAAGGUCUGACUCCGCCCAUUAACUAUAGGAGAAACUUUGAACUACCUUCCCAUGGAAUUGAGUUAAUUUUUUUAUAUCAACGUUAUGUAAGUAGGCAUAUCGAUAAACGCUUGCGCAUUCAGUUUGCGCAUAUGGAAAAAAGAUGCAAAAACUGAAGUGGCCAUCUUACAAUUGCAUCUACUAUCUACGGUGACCUCGGAUUUAUGCGUUUUACGUCACAGUUUCCUAUUUUUACAUAUCUUUAGACCAACUUGCUUUAUCUCUGUUCUUUUUUUGUGUUACUUUGACCGUACGGUAAGCUAUAAAAAUGUAUAAAUACUCUGUUUUAGCAAUAAAAUGACAUUAAAACCUUUAAAAACGAGUUAAGCAUUCAAAUGGCGUGGGGAAUAACUUUGAAAUAGUCCAUAUUCUAUUUUCUAGGUUAAUGUAAACCUUUCAUAUUUUCAUCACGCUCUCAUCACGGAGGGAAAAAAUAAAUUUCUCCAUAUUUUGUAUCUUCACCGGAAACUAAAUUUCGCUCUCGGUAUCAGUCAAAAGAGAGUUUUAAUAUUCCAUAAUCUUUUAAUAUCUGAAUAAAUCUAAGUAAAUUGUAAUUUUAGAAUACAGAAAUAGAAAAUAUACAUAAAAUCUAAUAUAAGUUUGCUCCCACCUACUAUUUAUAGACCUACUACUAGAAUUUAACUAUAAUUUAUAAGUCUAUUCUUCUAAGCUUAGCCACUAUCACUAAGCCUAAGUUUUAAGUACCGGUACUAUUUACUAAUAUUAAUAUCUACUAUAAUUAUAACUAUUAAUAUUAUUAAGCCCCAAAGUUUUAUAAGCUAAUACUAAUACAAAUUUUCUAAUACUACAUAAGGCCUAAUUUACAUAUUCAAAUUGUUAUCAUAUUGAUAAUUUCCAAAAUUGGUAAAGAGAAAUUAAAAUAGUUCUAAUUUAAAAAGAAUAAUUAAAUAUUAAUAAUAUAUAAAAGUUUUACAUCAUUAACAAUACUCAACAACAUCAUCGUAGUAAUUAUAUUUUUAUUAGGACAUAGAAAAGCAGUACACAGACAAUUAUUUAAUAUAUCAAAUAACAUUUUUGAACUUAGUCUCAUCAUCAUGGCAUGGACAUGCCAUGGAUGAUUUUAUUUUAGUAGUUUUUAUUUAUAAUUACAUGUGUUCAAUAUUAUAUAUAUAAAAAAGACUUACUUACCUUUUAAUAAAUAGAAUAAUUGAUUUAAGAUUUAACACAAGCAUAAUAAAAUUAGUUAAAAUUCAAUAAACAUGUUAUUUUUUUCGUUUUUUCCUGUAAAAAUAAUGAUUUUCUCAAUUUUUCUGUUCACUUUUUUCUGAACAUACCCUUAAAUAAAUAUAUAAAAAAAAUAAAAGUCUUGAUGUUAUAUAAAAGUUUUGUUGUUUAUUGUGUUGUAUAUUGCAUUGAGAAUGUCUCCUAAAAAUUUGGUAGCAUUAUCUUUUAAAAUCAAAAAGUUUUGGGCAAAAUAAGGCAGAAAUUUAUAAAGUGGGUCACACGUUUUUUCAGUUAAAUACUAAGAUAAAGUAAAGGGGUUUUAAAAAAUCAAAAAAAAAAAAUCAUAACUCCACUUCUAUUAAAGAUAGAAAGAUGAAAUUGGUGUUGUUGUAAAGCUUAUAGCUAGCCCUUUAAAAUGAUGUAUCAUUCAUGGCAAUCGGACAAUAUUUAAAUUUUGUGUCAAAGUACCUAAAAGGAAAAUGGUAUGUCAAUAUAAGGCAUCUUCGCAUUAAAAAAUUCGGUCUAAAUAUUCAAAGUAGGUCUUUCAUAUUAAAAGUAGACCUGCAUAAUUUGUUGAAGUACAUGUGUGCAAAAUUUCAUUGAGAUAGCUCAUGAAACAUUUUCACAAUUCUCCUCAACGUUGACCUGAUUAUGCAAAGGUCGCACAGGCCAUUUUGGAUUAGUGAUCGCACCCCCUUUUAAAUGGCGGAAAACGCAGAUACUUAGCUUAUGAAAUAUUCAUUAUCACCUCUAUAUACAUCAAAAUAUUUGAUAACUUGUGUUUCAGAAUGCAUUUUGAAGACGUUUAAACUAGAAUUUUUAAAUUUGAGCUUUAAAAACCCGGUAGAGUCCAUAUUAUUAACGAUCAGAAUUGACCGUGUGCAAAAAGUCAUGGGAAACCAUUCACAGCCAUCCAUUUGCAUAAUGCUAUGCCGUUGUACCACCUCAAGUUUCAUUCAUAAGAGUUUGCCUUGUGCAAAAACUAUUACACCAUUGGUCAGGAAAAGGUUUAGUUAAUUAGUCAUGUGCCAAAGUUGAAAGUUCAAAAUAAGUAGAUCCCAAACAACAUUUUAAGGGUCGCGUUGCCUUAUAUUGGCUGUAUAGCAUAUACUGGUAAAAUGGACGCUGAAGAUUUGGUAAACAGAAAAGCCAUAUAUUAAUACAUUAUUUUAAAUUUAUUGUUAUACAUAGUAAGAUAAACUAUAAUUUAUAUAUAAUUGUUACACAUUAUUAAAAUUAUUUGUUAAUACAGCAUUAGUUCUGAAAAUAAAAGUUGCAUAAAAUUAUCAUUAAAACGAGAGUUAUAUAGCUCGUGAUGCGAACACAGGAAUUGGGUCACAGAAUCUGGAGAUGCAGUCCAUGUUAUAAAAUGACACGAGGUCGUACUUAAAAAAUUCAAAACUUUAAAACUACAACAGCUAAAAAUAUGAUUUUGGUGUUAUAAUUCUAAAAAAUUAGCUCUAUUCAACUAUGCCAUUGGUUUAUUUUUACAAAAAGUUUUAAUUUUCUAAUCAAAGUACCUAGUUUAACGUUACAAACCUCUGCACCCCCACCAAUAAAAAUCCAUAAUAUGUAAUUAUAAUGUAAUAUGAUAUAUGUCAUGGCCACUGCUUACCUUUGUCUUUAUUGCUUAAGGCACAUGUGUCAAACUCAAGGGCCAAUUCUGGCCCGCCAUAUAAUUAUAUCGGGCCCGAGACAUAAUUUUAGGCAAAAAUAUUAUUUAUUGGUCCUGCAAUAUAAAGUGAAAAUCAAAUUCCCUAAUUAGCAGCCUUGUCAAACAAUAGGCUAACCUGAGGGCGUUCUCGCUUCAAUCCCAAUAAGCGAAAAUAAAAGAAAAUAAAAGUUGUGUAUUAAUUAGAUGUUCGUCGUUACAGUAACCUAGCAACAUUCAGUUUCUUGCUUUGGAUUGGCACAUAAAAAAUGAAAGUAGUGUAGUGCCCAGAUAUUACAUAACAUUUUCACCCUACAGCCAAUGUGAUAUCAAUCAAGCGUAUGUCGGUAGAUGCACAAUCAUGCAAGGCAAGCCUUAAAAUGGCCAAGAGAAAAGAUGAUUCUGAAAACAUAGCCUUUCAAAGCAGCCUGGAGGCUAAAUAUAUGUUAAAUGAUAUUGGCGGUAAACCAGUGUGUUUAAUUUGUGGCAAUAGUGUGGAGAUGCCCAGCUCCGUCUACAUGUGACUUGAAAGUUGUUUGGUAGCACAUACCUGUGUGAGCAGCUGUUCAUGCGACGAAGAUUAACAAAACAUCACACAGGACUCGUCUCACUGAUGAACACUUGUUGUCCAUUUUGAGAAUCUCAAUGACACAGAAGUUGCUCCCAAAAUAAACGAACUUGUAUCCAAGGCAAGAUACCAAACAUCCAGCUCUUACAAAUUGACAUAAGAGCGAAAAUGGGUCUGCCAAUGAUUUUUAAUUAUUAAAACAUUUUUCUGUUUUCAUUUAAAUUAAUGUUUGAAAAAGGUUUAAUUAUCCGCUUAUUGAAUGUUUAUCCUUUUAGGCCCGCAACCUAAAGUGGGUUUUGGUCCGCCAAGCGAUGGAGUUUGACACCCAUGCUUUAAGGGGAGGUGUGGGUGAAAAAUCUAAAAAAAAUUGUUUGCCUUCAUAUAGGAUAUUUUUUACCUACACCUUAUUUGAUAUGGUAACGGACCAUCAAUGAAGGUACAAAACAGGUUUAAAAAAAAAUAAUUCCAUUGUUUUUUAAAGUGUCUAUUGGUAGCUAACUAACAAAUAGCUUCUAUGGAGCUAUUUGUAGUAAACUACCAUUAUGCCAAUAGCUUCUAGAGAGCUUUUGGCAUUGGUAGUCCAGCCAAUCAAAUCACACUCAAAUCGGAGCUUGAAAUACCCGCUUUCAAUGACGCUGGUGAAGUAUCGCCCCGUUCAUUCAUUACUAGUUUGUUCUAGUGACAAUACCUCUACACUAAUAAUAAAAUCUACAGUACCGUCUAUAAUUACCAUAAUAAUAGUUUUACUGCAUGAAAAGUGUGCCUAUUUUAAAAAAUCUUGUUAUUUUAGAAAGUUUAAUUAAAAGAACUGUAUAAUAACGUGAUUAGGCUUAAUGACGAUAACAUAAGCUUAGGCCAAUCUUUGUUUAGGAACAUGGUCACAUGAUGACCCUUAACCCUGUUAUUGAUUUUCUGUUGGGAGAUUGGUCUGAGUAUUAUUUGCACAAUUGAGCCCUCGUUAACUUAUAAAAGCAUCAAUAUUUUUAUGUACAAUUAAACAAUUUAUUUCAUUGGGAAUAUUGUGCUUCUAUUACAUUACACAAAUUAAUUUAACGUCUAGGAAUCACUAUUUACUAUUUAUUUUUUAAUUCUAUGCAGUCAUCAAUGUUUUGAACUGCACAGAAUCCCAUGGAACCAUUAGCAGCAUUACAAAGCUGAUGAAGUGAAUUUAUGAGACUAGACAAAAAAAAAUUUUUUGGUUAGCCCACGUUUUUUGACAACAUACAUACUUAAGAGUGAUUUCAGUGAUGUAAUAAAAAAAUAAUAGUGACCACCAAUACUAAGACUUAACUUAGUCAAUACUGCACUACAUCAAUGUAUCACCCAUUGGUAUUUUUUUUUUUUUAUAGUAAUCUACUAAUAGCUGCCUAGAAGCUACUCGUUGUGGAGCACAAUAGCUCUCUAUAAGCUAGAAGCUAUUGGGGUAUUGGUAGUUUAUCAACAGGAAAUAUAAUGCAUGCUGUGUUCUGUUGUGUUCCACAAACUUAUUGUGCGUCUCUUUCACCAUACCUGAAAAAAAUAAACUUGUAGUUAGAUAUUUUUAUUAAAUGCUUCUCAACAAAAAUAUAAGGCUAUAAGUAACCCACUUAAGUAACUACUGUUUGCAGUUACUAGAUGAUACUUAGUGACCUACAUAGGUGUUAUAUUUAUUUUACCUAAUUUUUAUUUUGUUUAUGUAUUCGCUAUUUCAAAGUGUACUUGUUAGAAUUUCACAAAAAAUUUAAAUUUGUCAAAAGCGAUGGGAAAUGAAAAUUUUAGAGUCACUGGCAUAGCCCAAUAAAAUAAACGUCCUUACAAAAGUUGUCAUACUGGAUUAAAAGUGGAAAUAAAAUUGUGAUAUAUUUCACUACGCCCCUCUUCGAAAUCGGCGGCAACCCAUAUAGAAUCCCUCCCAACCGGGCUGAUCAUUAAAUGGGCUAUUUAUUGCGCCUCUUGUCAUUGUGAAGUAAAUGCGAUUUUAGAGUUUAAUUCACUUUAAAGGUCCUUUCUAAAGGCUAUUUUGUCGCCUGUUGCUCUUGGCCCCAUUCUCAUGACUCUGCCGGAGCAACCAGGGCGAUGGUGCAUAUAUUCUGGGAAUCCCUGGGGUCGCCGAAUCGCCAGUGGGGAAAGCCAGUGUCAUAUUUUGUUUACUGUAACUACAAAAAAUAAAAAGAUUAUUUGAUUUUUUUUUUUUUUAAGUGUGGUUUUUUGGGGGUGGGUGGGGGGGGGGGUGUGGGUCGAAAGCUCAUGGAAACCUUUGCAAGGGGUGUGGUCAAAAAAGGGAUUAGAAAAUGGGACUUUUUCUUUGCAUAAGGUGUCGAGUAUGAGCGUUCAUUAGCAAUUGUUGCGACUCAAUAUUAUGUUCAUUAGUUGUUGAACGCUUUUCCCGCGCUUGACUAUUAUAGUUGGUGAACGCUCUUCCCGCCAUUGUCUCUAUGACGUAUUUUUAUGCUGAGUCGUGACGUAUUGUCUAUGCAGUGUUGUGACGUAUGUUGUAGUCGUGCGGCAGUCUUGAGUGGAACCUUGGAGUGAUAGGAUGUUUAUUAUAUUUACUUAGAUAUUAAAGUUAUAGUUAUUAUGAAAAGGAGUUGAGUUAGUUAAUUGAUAGUGAGAAUAGUACGACGCUUCAACGUAUGAAAGAACUGACGAAUGUAAUCAAUCCAAGAAGACGUGUAGGAGUUGACAUGGGGGCUCGAAGAACACGUACGGGAAGAACGUAUAGAUAGACAUGGGGUCUUCUCAUCCGGGAUUGGUGAACCUCGUUAUUUUCAUACUUGAGGUAAAGUACAAGAACUUCCUUACUAUUCAACUUUGGUGAAGUUACAACAAUCGUCGCCUGUUCCCGUAUUUCAAUGUCCGAGCCCCGCUGCCACCGCGUGUCCAGUUCCAGUGAAAUAACUACGUCCUGCCCGUUAUCAAGUUACUAACCUCGUGUCCAGUUCCAGUGAAAUAACUACGUCCUGCCCGUUAUCAAGUUACUAACCUCGUGUCCAGUUCCAGUGAAAUAACUACGCCCUGCCCGUUAUCAAGUUGCCAACGUCCUGACCAGUUCCAGUGAAAUAACUACGCCCUGCCCGUUAUCAAGUUGCCAACGUCCUGUCCAGUUCCAGUGAAAUAACUACGCCCUGCCCGUUAUCAAGUUACCAACCUCGUGUUCAGUUCCAGUGAAAUAACUACGUCCUGCUAUGUAUGAAGUUACCAAUGUCGUGUCCAGUUCGUUAUCAAGUUACUAACCUCGUGUCCAGUUCCAGUGAAAUAACUACGCCCUGCCCGUUAUCAAGUUACUAACCUCGUGUCCAGUUCCAGUGAAAUAACUACGCCCUGCCCGUUAUCAAGUUGCCAAUGUCCUGUCCAGUUCCAGUGAAAUAACUACGUCCUGCCCGUUAUCAAGUUACUAACCUCGUGUCCAGUUCCAGUGAGAUAACUACGUCCUGCCCGUUAUCAAGUUACUAACCUCGUUUCCAGUUCCAGUGAAUUAACUACGCCCAUCGCUGCAUCGACUUAUACAAGUCCUGUCGGUAGUGAGCUACCCACUCCGUGUUCAGUUGGAGUGAAUUAACUACGACCAUCGCAAUUAACUACGACCAUCGCUGCAUCGAGUUAUCUACGUCCUGUCGGUAGUGAGCUACCCACUUCGUGUUCAGCUCCAGUGAAUUAACUACGCCCCUCCACGUACCGAGUUAUCUACGUUCUUUCGGUAGUGAGCUACCAACUUCGUGUCAAGUUCCAGUGAAAUACCCAGCCCUGACCUUCAUCAAGUCGCCAACGUCCAGUUGAGUUCCAGUGAAGUGACUACGCAUUUCCCUGUAUCGAGUAAUCUACGUCCUGUCGGUAGUGAGCUACCAACUUCGUGUCCAGUGAGCUGUGAAGUCCUGUGGCCUGUCCGGUCACUCAGUUUAACAACGCCCUGUCCUGCUUCAACGAGCCACCAACGUCCCGUCCUGCAUCAAGCUGCACGUGCCCGAUCCUGUAUUGGCGAGUUUUCCACGAACUGUCCAGUGUCGGCGAUUCGCCUACAUUCUGUCCAGUGAGCUGCCGAUGUCCCGUGACCCGUCCCGGUCACCCACACCUCAAUGACUGUGUCCCAAGAUCGCCAUAUAGGACAAUUGAAGUUUGUGAGAGAACUAUUGACAGUAAAGAACCAUUGACACUUAAUUAAGCCCAGUGUGAGUUUUGAAUAAUAUUUAAAUUCUAUAGGACUUUCCACGAACCAGGCAAGUUGGAUUUUUAUUGUUUAAAACAUUUUUGGCAUUAAUUUUCUUAUGAGUUAUGUAUUGUGAACUUUUUCGAUACAGACACAAUGGAGAACUGGGAUGAGGCUAUGCUGGAAGAUGUUAUCAACAAAAAACAUGCUGAAAGUGAUAGUGCCAAGCUGAAAACAGCAAUUGUAAUAUUUGCUCUUUCAAUAAUGUUUUAAAACAUUUUCUGUAUUUCAAGACAUUUUUCUUACGGCUGACCCUGUACAGUACAUAGACAGAGAAAACUAGAGAAUUCAUUCUCAACUGCUCUGUGCAGCAGUCUUAGAUUUUGAUAUAUUUUUUUAUAGGAUCUGAGAGGCCUUUGGAAUCUAUUUUGAGAACACACAAAACAGCUGUACGAUUUUUAAUACUCUCUUUCCUUUCAACCAUUACAGCCUUGGAUAGUUAUCAAACUGAAUAUAUCAAUAGGAAAUAGGCAUAAUGGAUAUUCAUUCUUUAUUUUUUCAGCUUUUCAUAAGAAAUAAAUCUCAAGCUACUUGGUAGCUUUUUUUGUUUUUUUAAAUGGCGGCUUAAUUGAUUAAUUAGAUACACGUCUGCAAAACAAAGUGACAGCAGAUAGCAGUAUAAACGUCAGUCAUGUACUUUUUACCUUCAGUUCCCUUUUUGAUACCAACUUAACUCUAUUUCACUGGAAACGCAAUACAAGUAGUUAUUGUAUCUAUUAUGUAUACUUAUGUAAAUUUAUUUACUAUUAAGAUACUGUAUUGUACAAUUUGAGAUGAUAUUGUAUGAUUUUUGGAGUUAGAGGGUAAGCAGGUCUGUAAAAUAAUUAUUAUGUUAAAAAUGUAUGUGUGUAAUUUUAGUGUUAUUUAGCACAUUUUCUUUUACUAUAAUGUUCCACUUUUAAUGUGAGAUCACAUUGCUUAAACACACCUCCCGCAAAACACAAAAAUAUGCCCCCCUCCCACCCUAGACACAUGUCGUCCUCACGUCAUUUAUGGAUGACCCCUAUGAGUAGACUUUUAGGGUAUUAAUUCAGUAAUUUUUAACUCUUUUUGACUUUAAUUUUCAAAGCUUAAACUUCAAAUUAAUUGUAAAUUUAACCAAAUAAGAUGCCAACUUUUAAGUUAUGGGUAGAUGUAGUAAGUAUUCUUACACCUAUCAAAUAAUUCACUAUAAAAGUAGCAAAAGUCAAAACAACAAUGCCCUCUGUAAAUUGAAAAGUAAAGUAUUUGAAUAUUUUGGCAAUUUUUUGGGGUUUUCAUGAGCAAUAUCAGUACUUAUGUAUGUGUUAUGUGGCAUCACGGUCCUUUAUUAUGAUUUAUGGCUGCACCUUCAGCCACCCUAACAAACCACAAAAUACUUUUGCUAGAGUUCCUACUGUAACUGACUUAUAAUUUAUUUAUUAAGCAGUACUAAAUAGUAUUAGAUUUUGGGCUGUAGUCCAUUGUAGUGUAGGCCAAAAAACUUUUAACUGUUAUUAGGCCUACUAUUAACUAUCAGGAGGCUAAAAGUAAUGAAAUUAUGUGAUGGUGCAGAACAGCUGACAUUGAUGAUUGUGUAGAGCUUUUCAAUCCUCUGACCUGGACCUUAUUAACCAAACAAUGGGGCCAAUAAUAUGCUUUUGUGCAUGUUAGAUUUCGAUGUUUUUUUAAAUUUUGAGCUGGAGUACCUAAUAACUGACUCUGACUGUGCCAAGUGGUCAAAGUUAAAAGCUUAACAUUGUGGUCACUCACGAAAAAAGCAUUUAUUUUCAUAAUUGAUCUGGUCAGUCUCUUGAUUGGCCUAUUUUAUAUCUAUAUGAUAGUGUAUGUCAGUGGUGCUGCUAAUUUAAUCACUUUUUUAAAAUUUACUAUGACACAUUCAAUUUAGUGACAAAACUUAUACAACCUGUGUCUAUUAAUGUCUUCAUAGGUCUAAAACAAAAAGUCCUUGACUUUUUUGCAAUUUUUUUAGUAGCAGGCAUAAAAGCAACCCUGUUAACUACUUGGCUGCAAUUUAUGCCUUUUUUUCUUUAGUGUGCAUAGAUGUCAGAUGUGCUAUAAAAAAAAACCAAUAAAGCUGCUGAGCAAAAAAAUUAGUAGUUAAGAAGCCUAAUGAUUCCUAAUAUUAUUAAGCCAAGGCUUACUGCUGAUGAAAAUUUCAAUCAGGAGCAUACACUUAUUCAGUUGUUGUUUUUUUUCUUUUCAGGAUAAGACUUUUGGUUUGAAAAACAAAAAAGGUGCUAAGCAGCAAAAAUUCAUCAAGAAUGUCACUCAGCAAGUUGCUCAUGGUAACCAAAAAGCCAGCAAAGUAAGUUUAUUUUGAGGGACCAACAGUAAAUUCUUGAAAAGACAUGCUGGACCUUAUAUCCCCAAAGUUCAUGUCAAUUUUCUUUGAUAAAACUUAAUAUUAACUUUACUUUUUCUUUUGAAUCAUUUAUUUAAAACUUUCUUAUUUCAAUCUAAUUUAAAUUAAAUUUUGGUUACUUAUGUUUAAGUUUUGUUUUAAAUCUGUCUAGUUUAACGUCUAAUAAUGAUUAUCUGCUUUUCAUUUUUAAUUUGCAGCUAGAGGCCCAGCUACUAGCUGAGAAAACCACCAAGAAAGAUGAAAAGAAAAAAUUACAGGAGGAAAUUAAUGCCCUUUUCAAGCCUGUGGCACAAACAGUGGCUAAAGGUGUGUGUUAAAAGAGAAUAUGCAGGCCUACCCUUACAUUUAACUUAUUCCCAAUGAAAUCAUGUGGAGAAUAGAUGGUGUUUAUUAAUUAACAUUUUUUUCACUUCUGUUGAGUCAACCUGUUUUGAUGUUCAUAUGAUAUUUCUUGUUUACUGUUUCCUUUGACAGGCGUUGAUCCCAAGUCUGUGCUAUGUGCCUUUUUCAAACAGGGCCAAUGUACAAAGGGCGAUAAGUGCAAGUUUUCCCAUGACUUGACUAUUGAGCGCAAAGGGGAGAAAAGGAAUAUUUAUGAGGACAAAAAAGGUUGUAAUUUCAUAUUCCUAAGUAACAUAAAUAAGGUUUAUUCAUUAUAUGGCUUUAAAAAUGUUAAACCCUGUUGGCUUUUUUACCCCCUAUCUCUUAACUCUCUUUUUUUUAUUCUAUGUUGCAAAAUCUUUGCAUAUUAUGGUGUGUUUUUUUAAUGAAAAGUAAUGAGUUAAUAUAGCGUUGGGGAGGGAGGUGUCAUGAACUUUUAGACAUUUCUAUUUGAUGGAUAACUUUUUGAUUUGUAUUUUUUUAAUGUGAACUUUUUCGAUACAGACACAAUGGAGAACUGGGAUGAGGCUAUGCUGGAAGAUGUUAUCAACAAAAAACAUGCUGAAAGUGAUAGUGCCAAGCUGAAAACAGCAAUUGUAAUAUUUGCUCUUUCAAUAAUGUUUUAAAACAUUUUCUGUAUUUCAAGCCCACAACUGCCUGUGGGUCAUUGUGUGUUGCUUAAAUUAUUCACAGUAUCAUAUGCAAAUUUUAAAGUCAUACCAAUGUAUCUUAUAAUGAAAGACAACCAUAUAUACUGAGCAAUUUUUCACAACUGAUAAAAGGUAGUUUCUUAUAAAAAAACAUUUAACCUAUUAUUUUCAUCUUGAUAUGAAUCCACAGAUUUGCAAGUUUUUCCUUGAUGCCGUUGAAAGCGAAAAGUAUGGCUGGUUUUGGGAAUGCCCUAAUGGCCUCAAGUGUAUAUACAGACACUGUCUUCCACCUGGUAAAUUAUAUCUUUCUUUUUUUAACUCUAUCUUUAAGCUCAUUCUGAGUCUGGAAGUGACACACUGUUUCAUUAAACAGUUUGCUGCAGAAUAUGUAAACAGAGUAAACAUAUUUUGAAUGAAGUUUACAGAAUUUAUUAACAUGUUAAGUGAACGAAAACCGCAGCUGAAUUAAAAUUGUAUUGUAGAUAGAAGACAGGCAUAAUUUAACUGUCAUGACUCACAUUUGGUCUGGUUAUCAGAAAUUUGUAUGAAAGAAAUUUGUUUGAAGGAAAAUUGUUCUGUUCAAGUUUCUGGAUACUCUCACUAAUUUACUUAGUAUGCAACUUGCAGUCUUUGAGCUUGAUCUCACCUUUUUAUUAUAUUUCUUUGAGUUGCUCUUUCAUUAAUUUGCUGGAUCUAUCCGAUGAUCUUACAAACCGUUAAAGAAAGCAAAACAUGUUCUGUUAUCUAGGAAUAAAUAAUGACAAGGCUAAUUUUGUUUCUCAGGUUUUACACUGAAAAAAGACCAAAAGAAGGACGAUAAAGAGAAUCAGAUUUCAAUAGAGGAACUUGUGGAAACUGAGGUAGGUGUCUCAAAGAUUGUUGAUACAUAUUUAUUUUAACAACAAUGGAUAUUUCUUGAGUUGUUUACUGUGCUCUGUUCUUUGUGUUACUUUCAUUUGUCCUGUGCGCUGAAGAAGGCUCUAUGCCGAAACGUCCUAAUCAUUUUGUCCUGUUCUCUAAUUCAAGCUUUCACAUACCUCUUUUUGCUAUUUCAUUUUAAUAACCUUUUAUUUUUAUUUAUAACAUUUUUUUCUUUAAAAUCCUGGCCAAGCCACAAUGCUCAAAAUCAUUCCCUUCCCCAGGGUUCACUUUUUUGUAGGUGAUUUUGAAAUGUCAAUAGGAUCAACUAUGAGAGUUUAAGGAAAAACUGCUGUGGACAAAAACCAAAGUUGAAUGUGGGGGACUAGAAAAUAUAAAUUAAAGGACUGCUUUCAAGCUUAGUAAAUGAAUAAAAUAGCAAAACGAGGUAUGUGUGAAGCUUGAAUAAGAUAACAGGACAAAAAACAAGGACGUUUUGGCAUAAAGCCUUCCUCAGCCAACAGUAGAGAUGAAAAUAUAACAAAGAAUAGAGCACAGUAGACAACUCAAGAAGUAUCCAUUCGUGUCGCUGGAAGUGGGCGGGGGGGGGGGGGGGGUAAAUAAAAUAAGAGAAACCUUCUACAAAAAUAAUUCUUGUUUCUAAUAGUUGUAUGAAAUGUCUUAAAAAAUCUAUUGAAAAAACCUUUCCGGCUGGGGGGGGGGGGGGUGUAAAUAAAAUAAGAGAAACCUUCUACAAAAAUAAUUCUUGUUUCUAAUAGUUGUAUGAAAUGUCUUAUAAAAUCUAUUGAAAAAACCUUUCCGGCUGAACAUACGGCACAGGUAAAAAGGAUUUUAUAUAUAUAUAUAUAUAUUUUUAUUUUUUUUAACACUCACACCUUGUUCUUACACUGUAAGUAUAGACCUCAGUAUUGCCCUGAAACGACAGAAAAAUGGGUACCCAGUAUCGUAAUUUCAUUGUCGAAAUGGCAACCUCCACAAAAGUGGGUAUAUUAAUUUCAUUUUUAGCAUGGUUAUCCAGAAUAUAAAUGGGAAAUAUAAUAUAAUUCAUAAUAAAUCAUUUGAAAUAAAUAAAAAAAUUCUAAUAACAUGUAUAAUUAGUUUUAGGUUAUGAAAUAGCAGUGGUUUUAAUUUGAGGGUUGGUUGUCAUGGACAAAUGAUUGAUAACAACUUGUCUUUGACUUUGAUAGGCCAAGUAAAAGUAUUAUAAUAGUAAUAAUACAAUUAUAAAUGAUUUGGGAGUGAGAUAAUUAGCCUUUAUUGCAACAAAUAUAUUUAAAUAGUUAAUAUAUAUACAUAUAUGGCCUCUAGACUUAGUAAAGUAUAUUGUAUAGGCCUAGCCCCAAACUAACUUAUUUGUGAGACCUAUUAUUAUCAGUUAUAUGUAAUGAUAUUUUAGUUUAUGUAAUCAUAUUUUAAUGAAUUUUAUUAUUAAGAUUCUUAAGGCAUAAUCAUAAACUAAAAAUUAUUGUAAAAAAUAUUCACUGACCUUUAAUAUUGAUAGAUCCUAAAUUUAAUCACAUAUCGCAAUAUUUCCACAAGAGAAUUACAAAUGGUCCUUGGUAAUCUCAAAGAAAAAAACACUUUUUGAAACAAUAAUCCAAGAAUUACUUAUGAUAAUACUAAAGAACAAUCAUUAUCAUAAUACCUCAAGGAAAAGUUUAUUCUAACAAUACAAGUUGGUCUGUAAAACAACAUUAAUAACUUAAAAUAAAUGACAUACUAACCUUUUUGUCAUAUUCAAAUGGGAUUAUAUAUAUAUAUAUAUAAAAUGGUACAAUAAAACUAACUAAUGUACAUAUUCUGGUGAGGGUCUGAGAUUACUCUCUUAUGAUCCCUUCUAGUACAUUAGCAAUCAACUCCAUCUGCUGAGCUGUGCUAUAUAAUGCCUAAGGCUCUCCCACCACCCUGGCCUGCCCUGAAACAUCUAGUAAGGGACAUUCGGUUAACUUAUGCAUUAGAGUUUCUGGGACCAGACUGGUUGGGUCUCUGUUAUGAUCUAGCCUGUUCACAUAUGUGCCGAUUGGUCAGUGCGCAUCUGUGUCACUAGACCCUGCUACUCACCAAGGGUCUUGUCUGCUGGAGAUGGCAUGUUAGGGAAUACACCUCUGGCUGUCGUGCUGUCUGCCCACUGCCUCAACUGCACGUAACAUUUUGUGCAAAAAUUGUCUGCCAACUAGUUUUUUAUACCAAGAUAUGAUACUGGUAUAUGAGGCAGAGGCUGAGCAGUCCCGGUUUUUGCCAAGGUGUCUGUGUUUUCAUUUCCACUGACUUUAAUGUGCUGUGGAAUUCACUGCCCCAUUACCGUUCCUCCAAUUUCACUGAUAUUGCCCACGUCAUCUAUAAUGGUGCCAACUAAGUGAGUGAUACCUGCCCUCUUACUCAAGGUCUCAAGAACAGAUCUUAGGUGGAAGUAAACUAUAACAUCGAGUCCUCCCCCCUCUGCAGAAUGUGGUACACACUUUCCAGGGCCCUUUUGAUAGCCUCCAGCUCUGCAUCGAAAUAUUAUGCUGCAGUCCACAGGGCCCUAAAAUUUCCUGUUUUGAUAGCCAUUGCUGUGUCUGUCAAGGCCAAAUGUAUCUUGGGACGUGAAGGUUCCGCAAACAGCAGAUUGGCUGGGAUGUAGAUGUUUUCUCUAUUUCGGGGUAGGUUGCCUGUUUUUUCAAGUUCCCCAAAUGGAUGCAUAAAAGAUGAUCGUUUCAGUCGCCUCCCCAGUACCCAGUUAUUUUUGCAUUUGGAAAGAUGGUUCCUUCCUGUUAAACUGUCUGUCCUGCUACACUACUUGUCCCUUCUUAUUUCUAGUGGUUAAACAUUGGCCAAGACUUCUACAGCAGCUGUGUGUGUGGUUUUGAACGCACCGCAGAUGAACCUCAAGGCCUCAAUUCAAUUUUAACCAAAUGAAUCAAAUAAUCCCUAUAUUAGUCAUAACUUUUUAACCACUCGAGCUAGACAGUUGAUCAUGGUGUUUUUUAAACCAUUUUAUAGGCUGUAUUAUUUUUAUAUUUUUAAAACUGUUUUGAACUUUUUACUAAAAGUGCCUACUAAAAGUAAGGGAAUUGUUCAAAUCUUUAAUUUUUAUGUAUUAUUUUUAGAAUAGUCUCAAUAUUACGAUAUUCUUAUUUUUCCUUUGAAUAUUGUAAUGUUUAUUGUAAUUUGUUACUUUCCAGAGAGCAGCACUUGGUUCAAAUGUGACAAGGGUUACUCUUGAAACUUUCAUCAAAUGGAAGGAAAGGAAGGUAACCAUGGCUAGUUUUGGUUUACUUACUUUUCAUUUCAAUUAAAUUGUUUUUCAAGCAACCAAUUUUUUUUUUUUUUAUGCUUUGAUGUAAUUGACAUUCAUCAUCAUUUUUGUCUGAGACAUGAGCACAAGUUUGUAUAUUCUUAUUCCUCCUUAAACUCUUGUUACAGACUUGUUUACCCUCAAGCACUUAAAAUUGUACAAUAUUAUCACAAAAUUGUUAAAUACUUCUACAUUAUCUUAUAAAUAAAAAAAUACACAUACAGUAUAUACAAUGUAUACACCUCAAAAUUGUACAUUGUACACCAAAAUCGUAAGAGUAAACAGGUCUGUUGUUAAUGCUGCUGGAAUUGUUCUAGGUUCUGAACAUUGUCUGUUAAUGUUGCAAUUAAACCUUGACUUUUAAUCUUAUAAAUCUUCUUUUCUUCCAAAAUUUACAUAAAAUAAUUAUACUUUUUUUUUAAUUUAAAAAAAAAAAAUCAAAUUAUUAUUUUUUUAAUAAUCCAGAAGCGUGAAAAAAUAGAAAAGCAUAUGGCUGACCAGGAGAAAAAGAAAGCAGAUUAUAAAGCUGGUCGCACUGUUGGAGUAAGUCACAUGUUUCCUUAACUUCUAUGUAUUUUUAACAAUCAGGAAUAUUUCGACAUUUAUAAUGGUGUACUUUUAGCGGGUACUUAAGUUAUUUACUCUCAUUUUGAUUGUAAUUUCCGUUAACACAUUUGCCAUGUUAAUUUUAUGUGCUGAAUAUCUGUCAAAAAGAAAAUGAUUAUCUUGCGAGGUGUGGCCUUUUUAUUAAUCCCAAUCCAUGAUUUAAUUAUUAACUAGGAUUUGUCACAGGGCAUACUUCAAUGAAUGAUUUCAAAGCGAUUUAAUCUUUAAUAUUUAUUCUACUAUUCUACAGAUAAGUGGUCGUCAAAUGUUUGAGUUUAAUCCUGACCUUAUACUUGGGGAUGACGACGAGGCACAGGAAGGAGAUAUAGAGCGUGAGAGGGAGGAAGAUGUAAGAUAUUUUAAAGUUGUUAAAUUUUUAUAUUAAUGGCUUGAGAUCGGAAUAUUUCUUCUUUUAGAUUUAAGCCAAGUACCAGUCAACUACAAACAGUGGUGUAAUAUAUAGGUGGUCAUAUUAAGUAAUGGUGGUCUCAUUGGAAUGGAUUACAAAUGAAAGUCAAAGUCAGUGUAUUCUGCACCUUAUUAGAAUGUCCUUUUUAUAAGGUGAUCAAUUACUGAUGGCCUGAGGUGUUUUGGGGGUAUAUGUUUACAUCUAUAAAGUUUAAUAUUGGGUCUAAUAGGACUGACCUUUUCUGAUACAACUUAAUAUUACAUACAUUGAAUUUAGUGAUUUUUUCUUUAUAUGCUUAUGGGUUAUAUGAACAUUCAGAAUCUUUAUUAUAUAUACAUUCACCCUCUUGAUUUUAUGUAUGUGUACAAUCUUGAUUAUAUGUACAUUUACCCUCUUGAUUUUAUGUAUGUGUACAAUCUUGAUUAUAUAAAUACAUUUACCCUCAUGAUUUUAUGAAUGUGUAAAAUCUUGAUUAUAUGUACAUUUACCCAGUUGUUAUUUAUGUAUGUGUACAAUCUUGAUUAUAUGUACAUUGAUCGUCUUAAUUAUAUGUAUAUGUACAAUCUUGAUUAUAUGUACAUUGAUCGUCUUAAUUAUAUGUAUAUGUACAAUCUUGAUUAUAUGUACAUUGAUCGUCUUAAUUAUAUGUAUAUGUACAAUCUUGAUUAUAUAUACAUUUACCCUCUUAAUUUUAUGUAUGUGUACAAUCUUAAUUAUUUGUAUGUGUACAAUCUUGAUUGUAUGUGAGUGAAUAGAUCAUCUUGAUAUGUAUAUGUAAAAUCUUGAUUUGUAUGUACAUUUACCCAGUUGAUUUUAUGUAUGUGUACAAUCUUGAUUAUAUGUACAUUGAUCAUCUUAAUUAUAUGUAAGUGUAAAAUCUUGAUUCUUUAUACAUUUGCCCUCUUGAUUUAUAUAUAUAUAUGUGUACACUUUUGAUUAUGUACAUUUAGAAUAUUUUUUUAAAGAAACAAAUAACAUUAGGUUUCCUCAGGGGUGAUCUAAUUCUCUUUAUUGAGUUUUUAAAAAUUUAUUUCAAUGACAGGAAGUGGAUGAUACAAAUAUAGUGGAUAUAACAGAUAGUCAUUGGGUAGCUGUAGAGGUUGACAAUACAGGUACACAAGCGGCAGCUGACCGACUUCAGAACUUACAGGCGAUUGUAGUCAAUGGUAUUAAUGGAGGUGGUGAGUAAUUUACCCAUUUGUUAGUUUUAUGUUUUAAAAACCUGGUGUUUGGUGUUGAAUCCAAUCAUAAAUACAUAAAAUAGUUCCUUAUUUCUAUUGAAACUACAAAAGGGCUUGUUUAUGUUGCUUUUGUUUUAGCAUAAUCUCUUUCCCCAGUUAGUUCACAGCUGUGUUCUAUUUUUAGAUCAGUAUUGUUUUGACACAUUAAGCUACUGCCCUUUUCUUGCUAUAUGGUCAGCUUUGUUGUGUCAGUUGAUAACUGUAUACUAGAUUGUAUACUAGAUUGGUUUCAUUCCUCAAGUUCUCAAGUUCAUGCGUCAUACUGGCAAUGAAUUAACACAAGUCCUUCUUCUGUUAUAAAUGCCACUUUAAUAUAUAAUUAUAUUUACAGCCUGUAACAUCCAUAAACACAUACAUAUCGCAGCUUACUAUGAGAGAGAUAUAAAACACAACUUUCUUCUACAAAUUAAUUUCAUGAUUGCCGACUAAUCACGGGUACGUGAGAAAACCUCCUUGCCCUGCCUCAUUUUCUGUCUCGGGUUAAUCCUGUAAUAUAGGCCAAAACGUGUCCUCGUUUUAUAGCCAUUUUAAUUGUUUCUAUAGUAUAGUAGUUACUAUCCUAAUGUCUCAUUUUCAUUUUAGUUAGUUUACAUGUUUUUAAUAAUUGUAAAGCGCUUAGAGCUUUAAGGUAAGCGCUAUAUAAAAAUGCCUAAAUAAAUAAAUAAAACAGACUAGACAAUAAAUCAUAAUAAGCAUAAAAAAUGUCACCAAGUAAGCUCAAGCAGAGCAUUAACUAACUAAUAAAUCUCUCAAAAACACAAUACGCAUUAUCAAAGAUAAUAUCUAGUGUGUAACAAUUAUUAGGGAACUCCCACACUGGACCCUCUAAAUCUAGAUUUUCUAUUAUGGGAACUUCUCUCUCUGGCUAUAAAUUUAAGACUGUAGACUGUUACUGCUAGAUGUAUAAGAGAUUCUUCAAAGGUAAGACGGGGACUGGUUGUGUGUGAGGAUACUUAUUUAUAUCCACAUUAUUCUGUCUUGAGAGCAUUUAGUACUUCACGUUUUAUGGUAGCUCUAUGUCAGGCCCUCACAACUCAAAAUGUAAGGUGGGCCGUAAUACUUUAUGAAAAACUUGUGCGGGUGGAAAGGUAUUUGGACAGGGGGGGAGGUAUUAAGAAAAUAAUAAUGAUAAAGAAUAUUUCAUUACUUCGCGGGCCGCCAAGUGAGUGCUGAUGGGCCGCAUGCAGCCGAGAGUCGUAUGUCAUGCAGGCCUGCUGUAUGUAAUUUAUUUUUGUAGUUCAGUUUAAAAAGUAUUAAUCUUUAAUACUGUAUUUACAAUAGCUUUGAUGUCUUGGCUCCUUUUUAUAUACUGCUCUCUCACUCCUUUGUUACGCAUGCUUUUUCCAACAGCCAAAUAAUUUGAUUAAGUCUUGAAACGAUCACAGUAACAAAGUAGAAACUUUAUAACGGUACCUAACAAUGGUCUUCUCUCUAAAAAUUAACUGUUGAAAACUCAAACUAAUGUUGAAUUAAUGUGCUGUUGGUAGUAAUAAUAUUAGUAGAAUAGCGCCACCUGAUAGUGGCGCCACCCUGUUAUGCGCUGGCUUCUAAUAUGAGAAAUUAAUCUCCUAUUUUAAUUUGGCUCGUUAUCAACAGUGCCUAACAAAGGACGAUACCAUAGAGUCAACAAUAUUAAAGAUAUGACACCCAAAACAGUUUCUAGCUACAAUUAAUAAGAUUUAUUAAGUCUUAAGAUAAUUACAAAAGAAAAGAAAAUAUAAUGACAAUCUUCAACUUACAGUAUGGUAGAUCUUGUACAGGUACAAAGUUAACACAGUUCGUAUAAUGUGCCAAUGAAUAAUGAUUAAAUGCGAAAUAAACACAUAUGAGUAUGAGCACACAAAUACACAAAGAAUAAUACACGUCUCGUAAAGUUAAAAAUUUCCAUCUGAAUCUCCGUCCUUUUCCGGGCUUGUCAAUCCUUUAUAUAGGUGGGUCUACCGACGCCUAAGCCCUGCCUUCGAGAAGCUACAUAGCAUUUCUAGAACAAUCACAAUCAUUCUACCAAAUACUACUUGGAACAGAUUAUUUAUUUUUAGUCGCUGUCGGCAUCAACACGACAGAGCAAAAGACUAAGCCACACCCAUCUGUGAACACAGCAUCUCAUGCGGGGUCAAUCAGAGUUCACGCACGAGAAAAAUUAUGUUCUGGAACCAGCUCCCCUUCCAUAUACGUCAUAGUGAAACCUCGUCCAUUUUCAAAAAGUCCCUUAAAACUCAUCUGUUUAGGUCCGCCUAUGACCUGUGAUGCACCCUCCUUGCCCUACCUAAUUUUCUGUUUCGGUUUAAUCCUGAAGUGUCAAAGUGUCCUCUUUUUAUAGCCAUUUUCAUUGUUUCUAUAGAAUAGUAGUUACUAUCCUAGUGUCUCAUUUGUAUUUACUUAGUUUACAUGUUUUAAUAACUGUAAAGCGCUUAGAGCUUUAUGAUAAGCGCUAUAUAAAAAUGCCUAAAUAAAUAAAUAAAUAAAUGUAAACAAGCUCUAUAUAACAACCCAUUGACCGUAAUUUAACAAAUUAUUGAGAUGAUAAUUGAAGAUUUAAUGAAACUAGCAUUAUCUGCACCAAGAAGAUUUGUGAAAGAUAACAGAUCAUCUGUGUUUUGUUGAUGAUCACAAAUGAAAACCUUUUUUUAUUUAACACAUGAUAAAAUGUUCUUUCUUAUAUUGGGUCAGAUGUUUCCCAAGUCUGUGGUACACUUUCUUGCUUGUGACACCAUGGCAAACAUUUGCUACUAUGUUAAACUUUUAACUUUUCAUAUGCUUCCAGAAGAGGCCAGUAAAUUGGACGAAGCAGCGGCAUUGUCACCUGACGCAUCCAGAUUGGAAGAUUCUGGUGGGGCUACUGUCAAUGGUGGCCUUGACAUUGAUGAGGAUUUAUUUGCUGGCGAUGAUAUUGAUUUGAUAGAGGAAGACUUAGAAACCAUGGAACUUGCUGAUGAGGAGGGUGUGUUGUGAUCCUGGCUAAAAUAAUGUGUUACUGUUUGUUUAUCUGUUUUUGUUUAUCAUUGUCACCAUACUUUAAAUUGUAGAAUAACAUGCUUCCCUUAAAUUUUAUUUUGGUCCCCUCUUUUAUUUUAUUAUUGAACUUUUUUUUUAUGCUUUUGAAAAAUGUAUCCACUAAAAAAAUAAUGUAGGGUCAGAAAUGUCAGAAAUACACAAUAUUUUUUUUUAUUAUUGUAAAUCUGUGCAAAUGUAAGGUGUGAUUUAAGAUGACAUGUUCUGCUCAGAUUAAUUUAACAUUGGCCAGAAUUUAGGAUUGCUAGAAACUGCAAGAAAGUUAGUUCUACAGAUUUAAAUAAACUUUUGCCGUAUACUUAUGUAUAUCAGUAAAAUAAAAUUAUGUUCACUGAAGAAUAGAAAGUCAUUUUUGUACCUUUUACUAUUCUAACAAUGGUGAUUGUUGGAUGUAGUUUAUUAGAUAAGCCAUGUUGGUGUGUUACCUAUUUUGAAGUAUCUAGAGUGUUUGAUUAAUUUGAUGCUCAGGUCUGUUUUAUUCUGGACAGUUGGUGAUGACAGUCUUAAUUUUAUUUUAUCCAGCAAUUAAAUGUUAUAAAAUUGACUGAAUAAUGGAUGUUUUUAUUUAGGUCUGAGAAAAUAUUUAGGUCAAUGCCUUUUUUUUCACCCUCCUUGUUUGAAUAUAUUUUUCAAUUUAACUCCAACAUUGAAACAUUGAUGUGAUGAAGGAAGUUAUAUCAUAUGAAUGCUUCUUUACCCUAACUUAAGUCACACCCAAGUAGAAUUACUUAAUAAUGCCUUUUCUGUGCAUCUUAUUUAAAAUUUAAAGCAAUUUGAUUAGGAUUAUUGUCAACAUUACAAUGAGAGCUGAACCACCCCGUAUUGUCACUGGUGACAUUUUUUGUGUCAAUAACUAGACAACAUUUUUUUAACUGCUUGAUUUGUGGAGUGGAACUGACCCCUAUGCUUCCAUUUUGAUCUAUUUUCUUUUCUUCUUGUGAUGACUAAAAAAUGAGCUCACUAUUAAAAUGUGAUUUCUUUAGUUCUAGUCGUACAAUGUCAAGUACAAUCUGGUCAAUGUUUGGGGCAUAAAAGCUAAACUUAAAAAAAAGAUGUCAAGAUUAUACAGUGAGAGUUUUCUUAGUUCAACAAAUUUUAACAAAUCUGCAAAUAAAUUGAAACUAUUGCAAAGCCAAUAUUUGUUUUGUGUCAUGCAUUGUUUAAGUUUCAAAGAAUUCCAUUGCCUUUAAAAUACUAAUGUAUCUUUAUUUUUGGGAAUCAUUACUACUACAUGGAGAAAUGAAUGAAUAUAAUGCUGUAUCAAUUCCAUGUAUUGGGUUAUUUCACUUGUAUAUAUUGCAUUAUUUACAAAAAGCAGAAUUAUUUUUUUUAAUUAGUAGAUAAA